AUGUCUUCAAACUCUCUCUCGUCUACCCCAACUAUUGUUCCUCUUCCAGCGCGUCAGGACAGGUCUACUAGCGUUAAUAAACCUCCAAUUUGGCCCAUAGACGCCGCUGCUUCAGGCACCAACACCCCUUUGGCCUCCAAAUGUGCCCAAGCAACCCGCGAAGACGGAAUUUGCUGCAAAGAACUCAUCAAAGACGAACGCACUCUUAUCGACCCUGAUGUCGUUCGCGACGUGGUGAUUGGUCUUUCAGACGGCUUGACCGUUCCUUUCGCUCUCGCCGCUGGUCUCGCUUCAUUGGGCGAAUCUCGCCUUGUUGUCCUAGGCGGUGUUGCUGAACUCAUCGCCGGGGCUAUUUCUAUGGGUAUCGGUGGUUUCCUGGCCUCCCAGUCCGAACGAGACCACUAUCGCUACUUGCGUUCCCAGACUGCCAUCCGUGUCAAAAGAAGCUGUUCGGGCGAGAUGGAACGCGAGGUAUCAGAAGUCUUGGGUCCUAUUGGUGUGGAUGAAAAGACCUGCAGGUCUGUGGCGAGGUGCUUGAGGGAAGUCGAGAUUGAAGAAAGUGCCAAUGGAGAGUACCCCGCCUCGAGCUCUUCCUCGAGCGAUCUGGAAACUUCCUUGAGGUGGAGCAAGGACGUCGGCCUCACGGCGUUUUUGCUCAAGUUUGGCCAAGGCCUCGAGGAAAUCCCGGAUCGCCGAAUGUACAUCUCGGCAUUCACGAUUGGUAUGGGCUACCUCGUUGGUGGCCUCAUUCCACUUUUGCCAUACUUCUUCAUUCCGAAGUCUCAAGUCGCCUUGAUCUAUUCCUGCAUUUUAACGGGUAUCAUUCUUCUCAUCUUUGGAGCUGUCAAGGCUAGGGUCACAGGAGCAGGCGUUAGUGCCGGAAGUUAUGUCUGGGGUGCAGUCAGCACCCUCAUGGUCGGCGGUAUUGCCGCAGGUGCCGCCUUUGCCAUUGUCGCUGCCUUGGAGGGUUAA